GCCACGUCGGACAGAUUUUAUAUACAUACCAAAAAUAGUCGUGGUCUCGCGAGACAAACAUAUUUCAUCUCGUGUUUGAAUUCAGUUGGAAUCUCAAAUUUAAUUUUGUUCUCGUGUUUCACUGAUCUCGUGAUGUUCGAUUAGAUAAGCGAGUUCUGUCGGACGUUGCGACGCCUGAGCUCCAACUCUUUAACCCCCUGCGAUUUUUCUCAGUGUUUCUAAAAUCACCCCGUCACAGGAAGAUAUGUCCACAAUUUAACUGUGAUUACCGUUAAAAAAAGAGUGCAUCUAAUCCUUUUUUUUCGCCGGGUUCUUCAAACUUGUGUUUCUCGAAAAGGAUCUGAGGAAUUUCGAGAAGUUUUAUGGAUCUCUUGAGUAGAAAAGAAGAAAACUUUUUGAUGAGAGCCUCACUCUAUUAGGAAGUGAAAGAAUUAAAGUUUUUUGUUGAAUUAUUAUUACUGUAAUAGUUGCUGUUGUUGUUAUUAUUUGAGUGCCGGAUUGAAACAUCAAAAUGCAUCACACAGCACCUUGGUUUCUGCCUUGGGGGUUAAAGUUGGUACCGCUACCGAUACCACCUGGGCAUCCGGCUUCCGGCAUCCCCAAUCCGGCAUUACACCUCCUGGCGCCACUACCUGGAAUUUAUGCACCAGAACCUCGCAAGGUGGAUCUAAAGCCCCUGCGGGAAGCCAGUAUUGCCCUGCCUACGCAGAAAAUAUCAGAGAAGAGGAAGAUCGAAGAGGCCGAUGCCAGCAAAGACUUGAAGAAGGCGAAAUUGGAAACCAAAGCGCUCAAGGCAAAGAGGCCAGGUUUUACCGAUGAACGCUACAACGAGACGAGUUACUAUGUAGAAAAUGGACUGCGAAAGGUGUAUCCGUACUAUUUUACCUUCACAACAUUCACGAAGGGUCGGUGGGUCGGUGAAAAAAUCCUGGAGGUUUUUGCCAGGGAAUUUAGGGCACAUCCGGCUGAAGAGUACGAAAGAUGCAUUCGUGCCGGUACCUUGACUGUCAACUAUCAAAAGGUCGAUGUCGACUACAGAUUAAGACACAAUGACCUUCUAGCCAACGUAGUGCACAGACACGAGGUGCCUGUCACCUCGGAGCCGAUCACGGUGAUACACAUGGACGAGGACGUCGUCGUGGUCAACAAGCCCGCCUCCAUCCCUGUUCACCCAUGCGGUCGAUACCGGCACAAUACCGUGGUGUUUAUCUUAGCCAAGGAAUACAACUUGAAGAAUCUUAGAACAAUUCACAGGCUGGACAGAUUAACUAGUGGAAUUCUUCUUUUUGGAAGAACACCGAAGAAAGCUAGGCAAAUGGAACAUCAAAUUCGCAACCGACAGGUCCAUAAGCAGUACGUGUGUCGAGUAGAAGGUGAAUUCCCAGAGGAAGAGGUAGUUUGUCAAGAGCCGAUUGAGGUCGUCUCAUAUAAAAUCGGUGUGUGCAAAGUGUCUGAAAAAGGCAAGGACUGUCUGACGAAGUUCAAGCGGCUUAGUUACAACGGAAAAUCUUCCGUGGUUCUUUGUAAACCUCAGACAGGCAGAAUGCACCAGAUUCGAGUACAUCUUCAGUACCUUGGUUAUCCGGUCGUUAACGAUCCUCUUUACAAUCACGUCGUCUUUGGACCUCAAAAAGGAAAGGGAGGCGAUAUAGGCAAGACAGAUGAAGAACUAGUGAGAGACCUGAUUGGUAUCCACAACGCAGAAAAUUGGUUGGGCAUGGACGGGGACUCCGACAUGAGUCUCUUUAAGCCAAAACUAGAUUUAGAACAAGCCCUGACACCCGGAGACAAAGAAGGUUCACCCUCUUCAACCCCCGGUCUCUCCGAAGAGGAGCAACAGCCACAAGCCGAGCAACAAUCACCACCCCCGCCGCCACCACCACCACCACCUCAAUCCCUGAAAGUGACAGUCGGCACCCAGACAGGCUCAGAACCUCCAGACUCUACUUUUGCAAACGAAAAGAUAACCACCGACCCUCACUGUUACGAGUGCAAAGUCAAAUACAGAGACCCGAAACCCUCGGAUUUGGUGAUGUAUCUCCACGCCUGGCGCUACUGUGGCCCAGGCUGGGAAUAUGAGACUCCACUUCCGGCGUGGGCAGCCAGCGACUGGCUGGCCGACGAGCGAUAGUUCGAUCACUAAUUCCCGAAACUCAUCGAGAAUUACUACCCCCAAACCCUUUUGAUAUCCUACCCCGUGCCUUCCAUCAAUUCGCGAGUCACCUUAAACCUUGAUUGCUUGUUCGGAUUUCUUUCACCAAAACCACAUUCACACAUUUUUCCCAUUGUCAAAGAAGCUUUGCUUCCAGUUUUUAGACGAGAUAAUUAAUGCAGGGCUCGGACUCACUAUUGGACACUGUUUGACACUUUUUUUAUUUGGGUAUGAUACUAAACUCAAUUCCCGCUAUAAGAACCCCCGGUUUUGCGAUAUUCAAGCGUGUAAAAUGGGUCCAAAUCCAGGAUAAAUUAUUCACGUGGCCCUGUCUUUUUUGGUGUGGAUCCUUCCGAUUUAGGAUCAAGGUCAUUGCAAGCAGUGUCCGAAAUGGUUCUUAUAUCGAGAGUUGAGAUUAUUUUGACGGGAAUUCUACUGAUGCGAAUAUUUUCUUGUAAUUGGCAUAUGAUUUCACGGUAGGGAUGAACCAAAUUUAAAUGAAAAAUCCAAGUAAAGGGGAUUUUUUUACUGUUUAGGCCGCUAUUUUCAGUGAUUUAUGACUCACUCUGAGACUCUUGUGACUAUUUGUUAUAAUUCAGUGAAUUUUUGGAUUAUUUUUUAAAAAAGAAAUAUAAAUUUUACAUUUUUGUAAACCGCAUGAGGAUACAUUUAAAUAAAUACUUUAGACAUUUUUUUUCAUUUGAGAACAUUUUAAGGAACUCGUAUUCGUUCUCCUGUUAAAAAAACUGUCCCUUUUUCUGAUAUUUUUGGUUAUA